AUGGCGAGAGACACCGCGCAAACUCCGACCAUCCCUCGUCUCCGGCAGCUUCAGGGCACCGCCAGCUACCCCCCCGAGUUGCCUGCCCCCUCGCUCGCUGCUCCCUUCAAGCUGGACGAGGGGUACUCCGAUGAAACCAGAAGCCAGUCCGACAAGGAGGUUCUGAAUCCGUCCCCGGAUGAUGUGAUGCCGCUCCCCGACUGGGUUCUGGCUCACAGCGAGACCGAGAGAGCUGAGCUAGCCUACACUCUCCUCCGGACCCUGCGCGCCUCCACCGUCUCCUCGGUGGUGGAACGGCUGGCGCCUCUGCUGCAUAUGGACCCUGUGCUGAAGCUCCCCCCGGAAAUCACCUCCGAGAUCUUUUCCUACCUCGACCCUUUGACCCUCCUGACGGCGUCCCUGGCCUCACGCGCCUGGCGUAGUCGCAUUUUCGACACCCGCCUCUGGAGAGACCUCUACAUCGGCGAAGGCUGGCGGGUCGACAUCGAUGCCGUGAAUACGUACGAGCAGGAACAUUCCGGAUUGUCCUCCCCCCAACUCCGGAAAUCUCGGUCGAGAUAUGCAGACCCCGAUCUCGGGGAACCGAAACAGAAGAAACGCGUACCUCCCAGCUGGCUGGACUCUCGAGUAACAGGAUCCCUGGACAAUCACGCGCCCGUGCGGGGAAGUGCCCUGCAGGCUACGGCAGACGCCGAUACCGAAGGGGACCACCUGAUGAGUGAUGCUUCGAACGACCGGGGCACACUGUCUUCUCCCGGGCACCAAUCACCCACCUCCGGCAGUCGGUGUGAGUCCCAGUCAAACUCUGGUCACUCAAAGUCAAGCGUACAGGCAAUCACAACGACCUCCCAUCGCUCGAGCUCCUCAAUGCUAGUCAGGAUGCCCAACGGUGCCGCCAAGAUCAACUGGCCGCACCUUUAUCGGCAACGAAGGCGACUGGAGGAGAACUGGGCUAAAGGCCGCUUCACGAACUUCCAGCUCCCCCACCCGUCCCAUAUGGAAGAGGGUCACCAGGAAUGUGUCUACGCGAUCCAGUUCACGGGCAAAUGGCUGGUCAGUGGCAGCCGGGAUAGGUCCGUUCGUGUCUGGGAUAUGCACACCAAGCGGUUGUGGCACCCGCCUCUUCUAGGUCACACGAAAUCGGUUCUUUGUCUCCAGUUCGAUCCUCGUCCGUCCGAAGACAUUAUCAUAUCCGGGAGCAGUGAUAAGAAUGUCAUUAUCUGGCGCUUCUCUACAGGAGAGAAGCUCCACGAGAUUGCCCCGGCCCAUGACGACUCUGUUUUGAACCUCCGAUUUGAUGAACGGUAUAUCGUUACCUGUUCCAAAGACAAGCUCAUCAAGGUCUGGAACCGGCGUCAACUCUCGCCGGUGGAUAAGGACUAUCCGAGUGUUUCCCAGGGCUCGGGUAUUACAUACCCAUCGUACAUCGUCGACACGCGCGAGAUUCCCUCCCCGAUCCUGGAAGCCGAAAUCGCCAAUAAUCACAUCCGGACCUUGUCACCUUUUUCACUCCUGAUGACCCUCGACGGGCAUACAGCCGCAGUAAAUGCUAUCCAGCUGAAUGAAGACGAGAUUGUCUCGGCCUCCGGCGACCGCCUAAUUAAGAUUUGGAACCUCCGCAGUGGUGCCUGCAAGAAGACCGUGGUGGGCCACGAAAAGGGCAUUGCAUGCGUCCAGUUCGACAACAGGCGCAUUAUCAGCGGCAGCAACGACGACACAGUCCGCAUCUUCGACCACGCCUCCGGCGCCGAGGUAGCUUGCCUCCACGGGCACGGCAACCUCGUCCGGACAGUCCAGGCUGGUUUUGGAGACCCCCCGGGAGCCGAGGAGGCUCUACGGCUGGAAGCGUUGGCUGUCGACAACGAGUUCCGUGAUGCUCAGCGUUCCGGCGCGAACGUCGAUCUUGGCCCUGGUGCCCUCCGACGCGCGGGUUAUCACCAGAACACUCACGGAUCCCGAAACCCUAUAGACAUCAAGUCCCUCGGAGCGAAGAUUCCCCCGGGCGGAGGCGGAAGCCAGUGGGGACGGAUUGUGUCAGGCUCAUACGAUGAGUCCAUCAUCAUCUGGAAGAAGGACCCCGAAGGUCGCUGGGUUGUGGGUCAGCGGCUCCGGCAGGUCGAUGCCGCCGCCAACGCCUCAUACGGCGACUUGGACACCGCUGCACGCCACGCAAUUGCACGGUCGAACGCCUUUGCCCAGCAGGCGCAAAUCCAAGCCGCAGCCGCAGUCGCAGCCGCAGCCGCAGCACAGCAACAGGCACCGCCUCUGCCUACCACUAACUCCACCACCACCACCGACCAACAACAACAACGACCAGCAGGAGGAGGAGGCUCGAGAUUCCAACACCCAGCCCCCCCAGCAACAUUCAACCCAUCCCCUCUGGACAUCCCUCACUUCCCUCACCCAGUCCACCAACAGCAGCCGCAACAACCACAACCACAACCCCCAAACAGACCUCCUCCCAUCCUGAACCCCGUCCUCGCGGCCCAUCUCAACCACCCCCGAUUGACCCGCGUAGCCGGUGCCGCCCUCCCGCCCACCUCCCGCAUCUUUAAACUCCAGUUCGACGCCCACAAGAUCAUCUGCGCCAGCCAGGACCCGAGAAUCGUGGGCUGGGAUUUCGCGGCUGAUGACGAGGAGCUUCGGGAGGCGUGUCAGUUUUUUACGGGGCUGUGA